CACCAGUGAAGUGUCAUGGAUAUCCUCCAUCAUGUCUGCUGUCAUGUAUGGUGGAGUAUGUUGAAGAAAAGUAAUGGUCCUAUCAGCAAUAUCCUGGUGAAUAAAUACGACAGUCGCCCAGUCAUGAUUGCUGGUGGCUGCUUAUCGAGCUGUGGCUUGAUUGCAGCUUCUUUCUGUAAGACUAUACAGGAACUUUACGUGUGCAUUGGAGUCAUCGGAGGUCUUGGGCUUGCCUUCAACUUGAAUCCGGCUCUGACCAUGAUUGGCAAGUAUUUCUACAAGAAGCGACUGUUGGCCAAUGGAUUGGCCAUGGCAGGCAGCCCUGUGUUCCUGUCUACCCUGGCCCCCAUCAAUCAGGCUUUCUUCGGUAUCUUUGGCUGGAGAGGAAGCUUCCUAAUUCUUGGAGGCCUCCUCCUAAACUGCUGUGUGGCUGGAUCCCUGAUGCGACCAAUAGGGCCCAAGCCAGCCACGACAGGGAAAGUUAACGCUAAAGAAUCCCUUCAAGAAGCUGGGAAAUCUGAUGCAAAAAAAGAUGCAGGUGAUGCAAAUACAGAUCUUAUUGGAGGAAACCCCAAAAAGGAAAAGCUGUCGCUCUUCCAAAAAAUUAAUAAAUUCCUGGACUUGUCCCUGUUCACUCACAGAGACUUUGUGCUAUAUCUCUCUGGUAAUGAUAAUGGCCUUUGGACUGACCACACCUUUAGUCUUUCUUACUAGUUAUGCCAAGAGUCA